GAUAUUGAUAACUAAAAAACACAAGAAACAUCAGUAACAUUCAAACACAACAGUUUCCUUGUGUUACUUCUUCUCAAGUAUCAUCUUUCAUUCAAUGCUUAACUUUUCUGAUUAGAAAUUAUGAGAAGAAGAAUAGGUAAGUGAUGGCAGCAACAGAAGUGAGGACUGUGUGGCAUAGAACUUUUAAUCAUUACUUUGUCAAAGAAGAUGCAAAAAGAACGCCCAAAAUCGCUUGUUGCCAAUCUUCAUGUGCAACAUCAAAAUUGGAUGAUCUUGGAUAUGUCUCUCCUGAUGAAUCUGCUCAUAAUGUUGUUGCUAUUAUGAAGAAAACACGCAUGGAAGGAAUGUCAGAGGCAAACAGUAAUAAUUCCAAAGUAUGCUCGGAAACAGUGACUAAACACGAGACAAUGGAGGUUGAUUCUGUUGGCUAUGUCGUGCCCGAACAAACAAAGGAUUUCUCCUUGGAUUCAGAUUAUUCUUGGAUUGAAGAUGACGGUGCUCAACCAUGGUGGAAAACUACGGAUAGAAAUGAAUUAGCUUUCUUGGUUUUGCAGAAAUCACUCAAUUAUGUUGAGAAUUGUAAUCUUCCUCCUCCUCGAGAGAAGUAUCUAGGAGAACAAUCAUAUGCGGGAAUAAGUGAUUACAAUAUAAAAACAUGUUUUGAUUGUGAAGCUAAAUCUAGCAUCUUUUCCAAUUUUGCUGCUGAGGCAAAGGAAGGUUUGGAUUCAAGAUUGAUGCAUAGAAAGAUGGAGACUCCAUCCAAUGAAGGGCAUUUAUCUUUUUCUUCUGACAAAUCAAGUAAUACCACCAUGCAAGAGGGUGACAUAGAACAAGCUUUUGAGGGAGACCAAAGCAAAAAUCAACUAAUGGAAGCAUUGUGUCAUUCGCAAACGCGUGCGAGGGAAGCAGAGGAGUUAGCAAAACAGGCUUAUGCCGACAAAGAGCGCAUUAUUGCACUCUUUUUUAUACAAGCUUCACAACUUUACGCAUACAAACAAUGGUGUAGAUUGUUACAUUUGGAAACACUAAAGCAUAAGCCGGUUUCUACUUUCAUUCCCGAGACUCCUCCUUGGAUGUCGUUUGAAGGUAAGAAACCAACGACGAGAAAGCGAAAAUUUGUUAAUCACAAACAAGAAAAGCUAGGCAAGUUAAAAAGUGAUCUAUCCACAACAUAUGAUGCUGCAUUUUCUAUUGGAUUAAGCCUUGUUGGAGCUGGCUUACUUUUAGGAUGGACUGUUGGUUGGAUGUUACCUCGUUUAUAGUUUUGUAGAUAUUUGGUAAAUAGAUAAAAAAAAAAAAAAAAAAAACUUAUUUUUAUUAGAUGUGUAUCUUGUUUUGGAGAAUAAGGCUACAAGAUUUUAAAAGGUUAUUUUUAGCCUCUACCUUUUAUAAAAACGGAUGUUUUUAGUUC